UCCACCUUGCACACAUCAGACGACAGACGUCAUCAGUUGUAGACUAUAUCAAAUUUUAUUAAAAGUGAUUAAUAAAAAGUUACCGUUUUUUUUAUUGUUAUUCUUAUAAGUAGACAAGUAGUACAAUUCAAAUUGUAAUUAUUCGAUUAAUAUUCAAUACUGAGAUUUCUAUUUUGUACCCUUGUAGAUUGUCUUGUACACAGUAAUCAGUAUUUACUUUUUUUUCCAUUCUGAUAAAAUAUAAAUUAUUCAACUAAAGUUGAUCUAAUUAUUAUUUUUAAUUCUUUAUACUUAGUUAAGCCUAAAUAAAAGCGCCUAAAGAGUUCUACUUUAGCAAAAGAAAUUUUUUUUAUUAGAAAAUAUUGCYAUUUUGCACUGAGCUUAGUUGAUUAAUGGUCUGCAUGGAAAACAUAAAACAAUUAUGUUACGACAACAAAAUUAUACUAGCACCCAUGGUCAGGAUAAACACACUACCCAUGCGUUUAUUGGCGUUAGACUAUGGAGCAGAUAUUGUAUACACAGAAGAAUUGAUUGAUCAUAGGCUGAUUAGAUGUUAUCGAAAAGUAAAUGAGACAUUACAAAGUGUUGAUUUUAUUGACAAAAGCGAUGCUACUGUGGUAUUCCGCACUUGMUCUCGUGAAAAACACAAUGUUGUUCUUCAAAUUGGCACUAGUGAUCCUGAACGAGCAGCUAAGGCUGCACAAGUAGUUGAACAAGAUGUAGCAGGAAUUGACAUAAACAUGGGUUGCCCGAAAGACUUUUCGCUGAAGGGAGGAAUGGGAGCUGCCCUUUUAUUUAAUCCUAACAAGGCUUGUGCAAUUCUUUCUGCAGUGGUUUCAGCAGUUAAAAUACCAGUGACCUGCAAGAUUCGUGUGUUAGAAGAUGUUGAUGAUACAGUUGCUUUGUGUAAGAAAUUAGCUGCUACGGGAGUGGCUGCAAUUUGUGUACAUGGUCGUACCAUUAAAGAGAGACCAAUGCAUUCAAAUAGAAACCAUUUCAUUAAAGCUAUAUCUGAAGCAUUAGAUAUUCCAGUUAUUGCAAAGUUAAUAAUUAUAUAUAUUAUAUUAGUAAUAUAUACCUAUAUAAUAUUAUCCACAGGUUGCAUCAUAAGUAGAGCUAGGACUAUAGGGGUAUCUAAGGUGGCUUGGGAGGGUUUAGCCUCUCAGAAUUAUUGUUGUCUAUUUCGUGCAGGUAAAUGUAAUUGUGCUUAUCAUAUUGAACUUGAUGUGGUGAAUGACAGUAUUAGGUACUUACUAAAAUUAUCAUUUUAGAUUCUUAACAGAGCGAAUUGAUACUUUUGAGAGGUAUAAAUUUAAAAUUCCCAUUAAUUUUUUUAUUUACAAUUAGA